AUGGCUGAUGCAGAGCUUGCUAAGGCCCUCAAAGAUUUGCCGAACCGUGUGCUGAAUGUGCCCAUCGAGGAACGACCGGAACUGUUCCAGAAUGUGAUCGCGGUGUUGCCAAAUCCCGGUAUUAACGCCACGAUCGUGCGGGGUAUAUGCAAAGUGAUUGGAACUACACUCACCAAAUACAAGGACCCAGAUUCGCAAACGCUCGUGAAGGAAUUGUUGGUAGCGGUGCUAAAGCAGCAUCCCGAUCUAACCUACGAACACUUCAACGCCGUACUGAAGGCACUGCUUACGAAGGACCUUGCCGGUGCACCUCCGAUUAAAGCGGCCCAAGCGUCCGCCCUCGCUCUGGGAUGGGCCAACCUGAUUGCGCUGCAUGCCGACCACGAGACGGCCGUGGGAAAGAAGGAGUUUCCAAAGCUGCUCGAAAUUCAAGCCGGUCUGUAUCAGCUAUCCCUGACAUCGGGCAUACAGAAGAUAUCGGACAAAGCGUACAGCUUCCUGAGGGAUUUUUUUGCGAGCGAGGAAACCCUUGCACAGCGAUACUUCGACAAGUUGCUAGCGCUGGAAUCAUCCAGUGGGGUGAUUGUAAUGCUCUGUACGAUUGUGCGGUAUUUGCACCAAGAGAACGGUACGGUAGAGCUGCUGGAUCAGCACAAACCCAAGCUGCUGGACCAUCUGGUGAAGGGAUUGAUAACGGUAAAGACGAAACCGCACGCGAGUGAUAUCGUCGCCUGCUCGAUACUGUUAAAAGCCAUAACGAAGGAUGAACUGCGUACGAUCGUUGUGCCGGCACUGCAACGAUCGAUGCUUCGAUCGGCGGAAGUCAUUCUCCGGGCCGUUGGUGCAAUAGUGAACGAAAUCGAGCUGGAUGUGAGCGAUUACGCGCUGGAUUUGGGAAAACCGUUGGUGCAGAAUUUGGCCUCGAAGGAGGAAACGGUACGGCAGGAAGCGGUAGAAUCCCUCAAGCAGGUCGCGCUAAAAUGUGGAACGCCUAGUGCGAUCGAAACAUUGCUCAAGGAAGUGUUUGCCGUACUGAACGGAUCGGGCGGAAAGAUUACCGUAGCGGAAUUACGGAUAAAUCUCCUUCAGGGUGCUGGUAAUCUAAGCUACAACAAAAUUCCACCACAAAAAGUUCAAACCAUCCUGCCCGCUGUUUGUGACCACUUUUCGAAAGUAAUCGAAGCGGAAAUACAGGAGAAAGUGGUAUGCCAUGCGUUGGAAAUGUUUGGCCUGUGGACGGUAAACCAUCGGGGCGAGGUACCGAGCAAAAUAGUGCAACUAUUCAAGAAGGGUCUGGAUGCAAAAGCGCAAUCUAUUCGCACGAGUUACCUCCAAUGGUUCCUUUCCUGCCUGCACGAUGGCAAGCUGCCGAAUGGGAUUGAUUUCACUACCACCCUGUCAAAAAUCGUCGAACGAGCAGCUCAAAGCCCAACGCAAACGCCUGUCGUUUCAGAGGGUGUCGGUGCCGCUUGCAUUCUAUUGCUUACGAAUCCCAGCGUGUGUGAGAAGCUAAAGGAUUUCUGGAACAUAGUGCUCGAUACGGGCAAGUCACCGUUCCUAAGCGACAGAUUCCUUGCGACGACCAAUGUGGAAACGCGCUGCUAUGUGAUGGUGAUCUGUGAGCAGCUGCUUAUCAAGCAUCGGAACGAACUGAAGGGAAGUGUUGACCCUCUGGUGCGAGCGGCAAUCGUUUGUGUAAUGUCCUCACAGGCCAAGGUUCGUCGAUACUGUUUACCAUUGGUAACACAGAUUGUGAACAGCGAGGAAGGAGUAUCGUUGGCGAAAAGCUUGCUAGAGGAACUGACCCGGUAUGUGGAGAGCACAAAGAUACUUACCGAAGGUGAACCUGCCGAAGAGGGUGUAGCACCAGCCCAAGCACUAGUCGAUGCCGUUUGCACCGUGUGCAAUGUAGACAAGGUAGCCAAUCCUGAUGCACAAUCGUUAGGACUCAGUGCGCUGCUGAGCUCUCAUCAUCCAGCGGCCGUAUCCGUGCGAGGCGAUCUGUGGGAAAGCAUACUGGAGCGUUACGGACUGCAUGGGAAGCAAUUUAUCGCCCUAAACACUGCUCAAAUUGAAGAGGUAUUUUUCAACGGCUACAAGGCGACGGCCAUGUAUGAGAAUACGCUCGCAACACUAUCACGCAUCAGUCCGGAGCUGAUCCUCUCGGUGCUGGUAAAGAACGUAACGGAUCAGCUAAACAAUUCGCGCAUGUCCAACGUGACGGACGAGGAGUACUUCACGUAUCUGACACCGGACGGCGAGCUGUACGACAAGAGUGUGAUACCGAAUACGGACGAGCAGAUUCAAACUGCCCAUCUGAAGCGCGAAAAUAAGGCUUACAGCUACAAAGAACAGCUGGAAGAAUUGCAGCUGCGCCGCGAGCUGGAAGAGAAACGCCGCAAAGAAGGCAAAUGGAAACCACCACAACUGACACCGAAGCAAAAGGAGGUGAUCGACAAACAGCGCGAAAAGGAGAACGCGAUCAAGGUUCGUCUGCAGGCACUACAGGACGCCAUCACCACGCUCAUAUCGCAGAUCGAGGGUGCGGCUAAGGGUACCCCGAAACAGUUGCCACUGUUUUUCCCCGCCCUGUUGCCCUCGAUUCUGCGCGUGUUUUCCUCACCGCUUGCUGCACCGGCGAUGGUGAAAUUGUACUACCGUCUGAAGGAUAUCUGUUUCGGUGAGGAUCGUGUGGAGCUGGGCCGUGACAUUGCCAUCGCGACGAUUCGCCUAAGCAAACCGCACUGCGAUCUGGAGGAGAGCUGGUGUACAGCUAAUCUGGUGGAACUGGUGAGCGAUAUUCUGGUGGCACUGUACGACGAAACGAUCGAUAUGUACAACGUACAUCGGGAAGAGGAGGCAAGCAAACGCUACCUGUUGGAUGCACCAGCAUUUAGCUAUACGUUCGAGUUCCUCAAACGGGCGCUCACACUGCCCGAAGCGAAGAAAGACGAAAGCUUAUUGAUCAACGGUGUGCAGAUCAUUGCGUACCAUGCACAGCUCAAGGGAGACACGGUGGAUGGGAAGGAUUUGGAGGACGUUUAUCACCCGCUGUAUAUGCCCCGGCUGGAGAUGAUUCGACUGCUGCUGCGAUUGAUUCAACUGCAUAGAGGACGCGUCCAAACGCAAGCUGUUGCCGCACUGCUGGAUGUGGCUGAAAGUUGCUCAGGUCGGGAGUACACCACCCGGGCCGAUCAGCGUGAGAUUGAAGCGCUGCUGGUUGCAUUGCAGGAAGAGCUGGAUGCGGUGCGGGACGUAGCGUUGCGUGCUCUAGCGAUCAUGAUCGAUGUACUCCCCUCGAUUGCGGACGAUUAUGAGUUUGGUUUGCGAUUAACGCGCCGUCUGUGGGUAGCGAAGCACGAUCUCUCACCUGACAUUAAGCAGCUAGCGCUUGGGAUCUGGCAGGACGGACGAUACGAAGUGCCGUUCGUGAUGGCAGAUGAGCUGAUGAAGGACAUCAUACAUCCAGAGCUGUGCGUGCAGAAGGCAGCUGCGGCUGCACUCGUGUCGAUUCUUGUGGAGGACUCAUCCACUAUUGACGGCGUUGUGGAACAACUGCUCGAGAUCUAUCGCGAAAAGGUAGUAAUGAUACCGGCGAAACUCGAUCAGUUUGAUCGUGAAGUGGAGCCAGCCAUCGAUCCGUGGGGUCCACGACGCGGUGUCGCCAUAACGCUUGGCAGCAUAUCUCCCUUCCUUACGCCCGAGCUGGUAAAGAGUGUGAUUCAGUUCAUGGUGCGGUCAGGGCUGCGCGACCGUCAAGAGAUCGUACACAAGGAAAUGCUGGCAGCGUCUCUGGCAAUCGUAGAUCAUCAUGGCAAAGACAGUGUCACAUAUCUGCUGCCCACGUUCGAGUACUUCCUCGAUAAGGCUCCGAGCAAGGGAGCAUACGAUAACAUUCGUCAGGCGGUGGUGAUUCUGAUGGGAUCACUCGCGCGUCAUUUGGAUCGUGAAGAUGAGCGUAUCCAACCGAUCAUCGAUCGGUUGCUGGCCGCACUCGAAACUCCCUCCCAACAGGUGCAGGAAGCGGUGGCAAACUGUAUUCCACAUUUGAUACCCUCAGUAAAGGAUAAGGCGCCGGACAUCGUGAAGAAACUGCUCCAGCAGUUGGUAAAGUCGGAGAAGUAUGGUGUGCGACGCGGAGCCGCUUACGGUAUUGCCGGUGUGGUUAAGGGGCUCGGCAUCCUUUCCCUCAAGCAGCUGGACAUAAUGUCGAAGCUGACGCACUACAUCCAGGACAAGAAGAACUACAAGUCACGCGAGGGCGCACUGUUUGCGUUUGAAAUGCUGUGCAGCACACUUGGGCGGCUGUUUGAGCCGUACAUAGUGCAUGUGUUGCCGCAUUUGUUGCAGUGCUUCGGUGACUCGUCGGUGUACGUUCGUCAGGCAGCGGACGAGUGUGCCAAAACGGUAAUGGCCAAGCUGUCGGCUCACGGUGUGAAGCUCGUACUUCCAUCGCUGCUAAACGCGCUCGAUGAAGAUUCGUGGCGUACGAAGACUGCAUCUGUGGAGCUGCUCGGGUCAAUGGCAUUCUGUGCACCGAAACAGCUUUCCUCCUGCCUGCCGAGCAUUGUGCCGAAGCUGAUGGAGGUGUUGGGUGAUUCCCACAUCAAGGUACAGGAGGCAGGCGCGAAUGCACUUCGGGUAAUUGGUAGCGUCAUUAAGAAUCCCGAGAUUCAAGCUAUUGUACCGGUUUUGCUGACGGCGCUGGAGGAUCCAUCGAGCAAAACCUCUGCCUGCUUGCAAUCGUUACUCGAGACGAAGUUUGUCCACUUCAUCGACGCACCAUCGUUGGCUCUUAUUAUGCCCGUAGUACAGCGCGCCUUCAUGGAUCGUUCGACCGAGACACGUAAGAUGGCGGCUCAGAUUAUCGGCAACAUGUACUCGCUCACUGACCAGAAAGAUCUAACACCCUACCUGCCGAACAUUAUCCCGGGCUUGAAGACAUCGCUACUGGAUCCCGUACCGGAGGUUCGUGGUGUUUCUGCCCGUGCUCUCGGUGCGAUGGUGCGCGGAAUGGGUGAAUCGUCGUUCGAAGAUCUACUGCCCUGGCUGAUGCAAACGCUCACAUCUGAAUCGAGCAGCGUCGAUCGUUCUGGAGCCGCUCAGGGCUUAUCGGAGGUGGUGGGUGGUUUGGGUGUUGAAAAAUUGCACAAGCUAAUGCCGGAAAUUAUCGCUACGGCCGAACGAACGGACAUUGCACCGCACGUGAAGGAUGGCUACAUCAUGAUGUUCAUCUACAUGCCGUCAGCGUUCCCAAAUGAUUUCACACCGUACAUUGGGCAAAUCAUUAACCCGAUUCUGAAGGCGCUAGCUGACGAGAAUGAAUAUGUGCGUGACACGGCACUGAAGGCGGGACAGCGUAUCGUGAACCUGUACGCCGAAUCAGCAAUCACCCUGCUGCUGCCCGAGUUGGAAAAGGGUCUGUUUGAUGACAACUGGCGCAUCCGGUACAGCUCGGUGCAAUUGUUGGGCGAUCUGCUGUACAAGAUUUCCGGCGUAUCGGGCAAGAUGACAACGCAGACCGCUUCGGAGGACGAUAAUUUCGGUACCGAGCAGAGCCACAAAGCGAUCAUCCGCAGUCUUGGCGCAGAUCGACGUAACCGGGUGCUGGCUGGGUUGUAUAUGGGCCGUAGCGAUGUUUCGCUCAUGGUUCGCCAAGCGGCACUGCACGUGUGGAAGGUAGUUGUCACGAAUACACCACGGACGCUGCGCGAGAUCCUGCCCACGCUGUUUUCACUGUUGCUCGGUUGUCUGGCCAGCACGAGCUACGACAAGCGACAGGUGGCCGCCCGUACUCUGGGUGAUUUGGUGCGUAAGCUGGGCGAGCGAGUCCUACCGGAGAUUAUUCCAAUUCUGGAGCGCGGUCUUAGCUCUGACCAAGCGGAUCAGCGACAGGGCGUGUGUAUUGGACUGUCGGAGAUUAUGGCAUCAACGUCCCGGGACAUGGUGCUUACAUUCGUGAACAGCCUCGUGCCAACUGUACGCAAAGCACUGGCCGAUCCAUUGCCCGAGGUGCGCCACGCUGCGGCAAAAACGUUCGAUUCGCUGCACACGACAGUGGGCGCAAGGGCACUCGAGGACAUUCUUCCCUCGAUGUUGGAGAGCCUUGCCGACCCGGAUCCGGAUGUAGCGGAAUGGACACUGGAUGGGCUGCGGCAGGUUAUGGCGAUCAAGUCGCGUGUCGUAUUACCCUACCUAAUUCCACAACUGACAGCGAAACCGGUCAAUACGAAGGCGCUCUCGAUCUUAGCGUCCGUCGCUGGGGAGGCUCUUACCAAGUAUCUGCCUAAGAUUUUGCCCGCACUGCUAGCUGCGCUGGCUGCUGCACAAGGAACUCCGGAGGAAGUGCAAGAACUGGAAUACUGCCAAGCGGUGAUUCUGUCCGUCAGCGACGAGGUAGGCAUUCGUACGAUCAUGGACACGGUGAUGGAGUCGACCAAGUCCGACAUACCCGAGACUCGUCGUGCUGCCGCAACGCUACUGUGCGCAUUCUGCACACACUCACCGGGCGAUUACUCGCAGUACGUUCCGCAACUGCUGCGCGGACUUCUGUGGUUGCUUUCCGAUGGCGAUCGAGACGUGCUGCAGCGUUCCUGGGAUGCAUUGAAUGCCGUCACGAAGACGCUGGAUUCGGCGCAGCAGAUUGCACACGUAACCGAUGUGCGACAGGCGGUCAAGUUUGCCAGCAGCGAUUUACCGAAGGGUGGGGAACUGCCCGGUUUCUGUCUCCCGAAAGGUAUCACUCCGCUGCUACCCGUUUUUCGCGAAGCUAUCCUGAACGGUUUGCCAGAAGAGAAGGAAAAUGCAGCCCAGGGGUUGGGAGAGGUGAUCAAGCUAACCUCCCCGUCAUCGCUGCAACCGUCGGUGGUCCAUAUCACUGGACCGCUGAUUCGUAUCCUGGGCGAUCGGUUCAAUGCGGGAGUUAAGGCGGCAGUGUUGGAAACGCUCGCCAUCCUGCUGCAUAAGGUGGGCAUCAUGCUGAAGCAAUUCUUGCCACAGCUUCAGACCACCUUUUUGAAGGCGCUGCACGACCCAAGCCGUACGGUGCGCAUCAAGGCCGGUCAUGCACUGGCCGAACUUAUCGUAAUUCACACCCGACCGGAUCCGCUGUUUGUGGAGAUGCACAACGGCAUCAAGAAUGCGGACGACUCAGCAGUCCGGGAGACCAUGCUGCAAGCGUUGCGUGGUAUUGUGACACCAGCCGGCGACAAGAUGACGGAACCGUUGCGCAAACAGAUCUACGCCACGCUCGCCGGCAUGUUGACACACCCGGAGGAUGUUAGCCGUGCGGCGGCGGCCGGUUGUUUUGGGGCGUUAUGCCGCUGGUUAACACCGGACCAGUUGGACGAUGCGCUCACGGGCCAUAUGCUGAACGAGGACUACGGGGACGAUGGAACGCUUCGGCACGGACGUACUGCGGCUCUGUUCGUUGCGCUUAAAGAGCAUCCCGCCGGUAUUGUAACCACGAAGUAUGAGCCGAAAGUUUGCAAAGUAAUCACGAGCGCACUGGUGUCGGACAAGAUUUCGGUCGCAAUGAACGGUGUGCGAGCCGGUGGCUAUUUAUUGCAGUACGGCAUGACGGACGGUACGGCCAAGCUGUCGACGGCGGUGAUCGUACCGUUCGUAAAAUCGAUGAACCACAGCAGCAACGAGGUAAAGCAGCUGCUCGCCAAAACUUGUACGUAUCUGGCGCGUGUCGUCCCGGCGGAACGGAUCGCACCCGAGUAUCUGAAGCUCGCCAUUCCGAUGCUGGUCAACGGAACGAAGGAAAAGAACGGCUACGUACGAUCCAACUCGGAGAUUGCGCUGGUGCAUGUGUUACGGUUGCGUGACGGCGAGGAAUUCCAUCAGCGGUGCAUCACGCUGCUGGAACCGGGUGCACGGGAAUCGCUCAGCGAGGUCGUCAGUAAGGUGCUGCGGAAGGUCGCGAUGCAGUCCGUCGGCAAGGAGGAGGAGCUGGACGACACUAUUCUCACGUGA